GGGCGGAACCGGACGUAGUGGGAGAGCUCGUGGAUUGUUGACAGAAGUGGUAGUAGUGGGACAACGAAACAACGUGUGUGCACUACGGAGCCAAAAUGUCUCCGAUUAAAGAAUUAAAUGUGACUUAUGAAGCGCUCAACGAAGAGGACACGUUCUCCUCCGGAGACACCAUCACGGGAAGCGUUAGUUUCACUUUGACAAAAGACACCAAAGUGAAGUGUGCUCUGGUCAAAGCCAAAGGAGACGCUCACGUCCGAUGGACCGAAGGGAGCGGAGACGACGAGAAGACGUACACUGCGCACACGAGAUACUUCAAAGAGAAACAGUACUACGUCGGAGAAGAUGGUUCAAGUAGAGUACUUCCCAAAGGGCCCCAUCAGUUCAAAUUCAAGUUAAAAAUCCCACAUGAGGACAUGCCGUCAUCCUUUAAGGGGUAUAGUGGAAGAAUUGUCUACAUGCUUGAAGCAAGAAUAUCAAGGAGCUGGCGACUUCCUACUUCUGUAGAAAAAGAGAUCACAUUUGUUUCAAAGUCCUUUCCACACGUUGGGCAAGCCAUGUGUCCACAGUCUCAUUCAGUGAGUAAAGAAGUGGGGACUUUCUCCAAAGGAGAGGUUCAUCUGUCUGCCACUUUUAACAGAAAGGCUUGCUCUCCAGGUGACACUGUAUCUGCUGUUGCCAAGAUCCAUAACAACUCUAGCAAAGAUGUGAAGUCCAAAUUCAGUUUAGUGCAGAGACAAGUGUACCGCGCCGGUAAUGCCACUGAUGUCCGUGAGGAAAAGCUGUUCAAGUCAGUUGGAGAAACUAUCCUUCCAAACACUGAAGCAACAGCCAUCUGCCAAGUGAAGAUUCCUGAUGAUGCCAUGUACACUCUCCAUAACUGUGAUAUCAUCUCAGUUGAAUACUACCUUAAGGCAUAUGUGGACAUUAGUUUUGCCUUUGACCCAGAAGUGGUGCUUCCACUGGUCGUUGUUCCUUCAAGUGUUAUUGCAUUUCAGGCUGGUGAGCCUAUGGGGCCAAGUUAUAGCGAUUUCCCUCCUCCUGCCUUCCCUAUGGGACCGAAUCCUGUACCCGCAGGCCCAGGUGCUUUUCAGUACCCACCGGAUCCCACUCAGCAAGUGACAAGUGGCUAUAAUAACCAGUGGCCACAACAAACCACUCCGUAUGGUUUUGCAGCUGCAGCUUUCCCACCUGCAGCUUACCCGCCGCCUUCAGUGCAGCCUCCAGUACCUGGAGCUCCACCUCUGUUGCCACAGGGAGAAGUCCCUCCGUCCUAUAUGGCCCUUUACCCUUCUGCUCAUGAUUUUCUCGGCAGGAGUGAGUCAGACCACAAAAGCUGAGCUCUUAACAUGAUGCAACACAUAGCAUAAUGUUAAAAUGCUAAAGAGGAUAAAGGCAUUUCAACUAUUUAUAAUCCAAUCCAUCAAGCUGCUACUGCUUUCAAAUGUGCUUAAAAAAAUCUCUGCAUACCUAUCAUGUCGAAAAGAGUAGAUGAUUUUGCAGAUACCUACAACUCCUGGUACACUCUUGAGCUCUGUAUUAUCAAAAUAUAAUUAAAGUUUUUUAAAUAGGCUGGUAUUAAUUUUGGUGAAGAGGCCUAUCUUAUGGCAUAUGCACUGAUUCUUCACUUUUAAGUAACCCCAGAAUGCCUUUUUUUGUUUUUGCCAUGUAAAUUACCUGGACGUUACUAUGUAUUUUCACAGAUGAAUUGGCGGUCAUGCGACUUAAUUAUGAGAUGGUAUUGCUUGACCUAUGACUACUGAAUGUCAUUUUAAUGUACAAUGAUAUUGCAAAUGCUUGACAAAUUUAUAUAUUUGUCUCUUUUUCUGUUUGACUUAUUUACAGAAUGGAUUUUAUAUGCUUUGAUAAGUAAAAUUGAAGAUAUUUUAAAAUUGCCUUAUGAUGUUAAGAUUUUUCAGGUUAUUUGGAUGUUAAGAUUUGUGUUUGUCAUUAUAUUGUGUGAUUUUGUAUCUUGAUAAGGUUAUGUUGACAAACCCUUAACCUUACAUGGUUAAAGUAAGUUUCAAUUGAUCAUCAGACUGAGUAAUCUAAGUAGUCCUCUGAUUGGAUGAUUAGGGCGCUUCUCGUGUGUUUACAUAUAUAUUUGUAUAUAUGGAAGUGUUUAGACACCCAUAUACCUUGUGAAGGUGAAGCAGACUGAAACGUGUAACCAAAUAUUUCAGCACUAAGUGGGACAGUGUUGUUUGUGUUAAGUGUAAUUAUAAAAUUAAGUGCAAUAAAGCUUUAAAUACCAA